GCAAACGCAGCUGUCAGGGAGCGACGACGGAGAUCGACACCGGUCGACCUGGAACGGAUCGAUGUGCUGAAAGCGCUAACGGCGGCCGAAUACUCCAGGCGGCAGUUCAUCCUGAACUUUGCUGCCAGCCGGGACACCCAACUUCUGGUGCCGGGCCAGAAGUCCGCGGCCGUCAAAGCCGCCGAGGAGUGGGUUGCAACAUGCUUCGCCCAGAAUGAUAUGGCCACAGCCAACAAUGACUACUUCAAGUACAUGGUUGAUGCACGACUGUGGGCGACCCACGUUGGUAACGACGUGGAGUUCCCCUUCUCGUUCAUGCGC